AUGUCCGCCCUCGAGGAUGGCAAAGAAUACGACAUCAUCUUCGCCGGCGGGGGCACGGCUGCGUGUGUAGCAGCUGGACGUCUGGCCAAGGCGGAUCCAAACCUGUCCAUUCUUCUCGUUGAAGGCGGCAAAAACAAUCUAAACGACCCAACGGUGACCAACCCAGCGAUAUAUCUAGCCCAUCUCGCUCCAGACUCACAGACUGCCAUCUUCUACAAGGGCAACAAGGAGAAGGCGCUCAAUGACCGUGAGGCCAUUGUGCCCUCCGGUGGUAUCCUUGGUGGCGGCUCCUCCAUCAACUUUAUGAUGUACACACGAGCACAGGCGUGUGACUAUGACUCAUGGAACACCGAAGGCUGGGAUGCGGCAAGUCUGAUCCCACUGGCCAAGCGAUUGGAAAAGUACCACCCCAGUGAUCCAUCCGUGGACAAGGACCUCCACGGCUACGAUGGCCCCAUCAACAUCACCCACGGCGACUACGCUCCCAAAGGCCCCCAGGACGACUUCCUGGCGGCAGCGGAAGCCCUCGGCACACCGGAGAUCUUUGACCUCCAAGACUUCAAGACCACCGGUGGCUUCUCCCGAUGGGCGCGCUACGUCUGCCCCGAAGGCAAGCGACAGGACGCAGCCCAUCGGUAUGUGCAUCCGUUAAUGGCCUCGGGCAACUACCCCAACCUUCACAUCCUGGUCGAGAGCAAGGUGCGCAGGGUGAUCUUUGAUGGCAACAAGGCUACAGGUGUCGAGUACGAGCCUGCCACUUCGUCCCAGCCAAGCAUUGGCCUCAGCAAGAAGGUGGUCUCAACUGUCAAAGCACGAAAGCUGGUGGUGGUAUCCUCCGGUGCUCUUGGCUCACCGUCCGUUCUGGAGCGCUCGGGUAUCGGAGGUGCCGAGCUCCUCAAAAGCCUCGACAUCCCCGUCGUGUCGGACCUACCUGGUGUUGGUGAAGAUUACCAGGAUCACCACCUCCUCCUGUACCCUUACAAGUCCAACCUCAAGCCAAACGAAACGCUGGAUGGGCUUCUGAGCGGACGAGUGGACUUUGCGACGGCCAUCCAGGAGAAGAACCCUCUGCUGGGAUGGAAUGGAAUCGACGUCUGCUCCAAGGUCAGGCCUACGGAAGAUGAAGUGGCGGAACUAGGCCCCGAAUUCAAAGAACUCUGGGACCGCGACUUUAAGAACAAACCAGAGCGUCCACUGAUGCUCAUGGGCGUUGUGUCUUCCUUCUUGGGCGACCACAAGAUUCUCAACGAGGACAAGGAUGGUGUCAGUCAAUAUGUCACCAUGGGCACAUACUCGGCCUAUCCAUACUCGCGCGGCAACAUACACAUUGUCUCGCAGGAUGCGCAGACGCCCGCUUCGUUCAAUACCGGGUUCUUGUCCCACCCUGCCGACCUCAAGAAGCAGGUCUGGGCCUACAAGAAGCAGCGUGAGAUUUAUCGCCGAACCAAUGCGUUUGCAGGGGAGCUCGCCAUAGGCCACCCGCAGUUCCGCCCGGGUAGCAAGGCGGCCUUGAGUGAAGGGCCACUGGCCCCCCAUGGCUUUAGUAGCAUCGAGGAGAGGCGCCAGCUGAAGCCCAUCGAGUACGAUGCCGAAGAUGACGCGGCGAUUGAGGACUGGGUGAGGUCGAAUCUCAACACCACCUGGCACUCCCUCGGUACAUGUCGCAUGGCACCCAAGGAGAAGGGUGGUGUCGUUGACAAGGAUCUGAACGUGUACGGGACUACUCAUCUCAAGGUGGCGGACCUCUCUAUUGUUCCGGAGAAUGUCGGUGCCAACACCAACAACACUGCGCUCGUGGUGGGCGAGAAGGCAGCCGAUAUCAUUGCCGGUGAGCUUGGCUUGAAGAUUGAGCAAGAGGCAUCUGCCCGGCUUUGA